GAGCGUGUAGUCUUCCUAGGCGGACUUGUUUCCUCCCACAAUGUAUCAAUGCUCGCAGUUUUUGUCUAGGGUCAGAUUUACGAGACUAGUGCCAGUGAGCAUGUGGUUGUGGAUGAUUCAGCGAGAGUCGAGUCCAGUGAGCAGAGCAACAGAGUGAGCACUUGACAGCAGCAAGCUUAGCAACACUAGCUAGCUACUGAACAAGCGAAACAAUAGUUUUUUCGGACAAUGAAUAUUUGACAAUAAAUUAGAAUGAACACAUGACCACUAGGAGAGAGGCAACGACAAAAUCUGGAUGCAUCGGUGGACUAUACAUAGCCAUACGCCGGGCUGAAGAAAAAAAAAUACAUCGGCUUCAGGGAAAGGUGUUAAUGUUACUUGACAACUAGCCAUAAUGUUGUGGAUUUGACUUACUCAGUCAUAGAUAUGGUGCUUUCCUAUCAAGCAGUGUUUGUAAGGCCAUUUAACUGACAAUUUUGAAUUUAGGUAACUAGCUAGCUAGCCAGGCUACUGCUGGCUUGAACUUGCUAGCUAGCUUACUAGCCAACGUUAGCCAGGUUACUGCUACCUUGAACUUGCUAGCUAGCUUACUAGCCAACGUUAGCAAUUGGACCUGCACCUGUUAUUCAAUCAUCCAGUCUGUUCACUUCUCAAUUCAGGAAUUUGCGGUCACGCAUGUUAAUGCAUCAUCAUCUGUUUCAAUAGCUCUGCCAGCCCUGCACACCCAUGAUCCAGAAGGCAGCUGAUGGAAGAUCCGGUUCCCAACGCGCCCACCAUGGUCUCCAGGCUGCCCAAGUUUGGCUCGCGCCCCACGGCUCUGGCUGGCACCGCCCCACUGACCGUUGGGACCCAUCACCACCCUGUCUCCAGCACCACGGGCAAAGGGUUACCCACUGCCACCACCAGGCAGAACGGGACAAUCCGGAUGCCCCCCUCCUCCUCUCUUAAGGGGAAAGGGGGAGAACCUGUGGAGAGGCAGGUGGACUCACGGGAGGAGGACAGAACUGGAGCUGGGCAUCACCCCCGACAACCGCAGCACUUACCAAUGGUGGUACGGGUGAUUAAGAAGCCAUCUACCAUGCCUGCCACAGUUAAGGUACAGGGGUGUUCCUCCACCUUCCCCAGGACUAUACGCUCCAGAACUGGGUCUCGCGGGGCCAUCCUCAAACAGGCCUCGUCUGGACAGAGUCUCGGCAAUGGCAAAGCGGGUCUCAACGGCCAGGUGGGUAGUGGUGGGCGGUCUGGGACUGGUUCACUCAGGCGGGGCCAGAGCCGUUGUUCUCCCCACAGCAACCUGACCAGCAGCCUGUCCCGCUCCCAGUCCAGCGACAGCCUGGAGACGGCCACAGAGGAGAACAUGGUGCGUUCCCAGAGCCUCACCCACGUCAAGAGGAUCCCCUCCCCCACCGUGCCACCCAUCAUCCGCUCCUACUCCUUCAACAGGGCCUCGGAGCUGACCAAGGAGCUGCCCAGGCCUCUAGCCAAGUCCCUGCUGGUCAAGACAUCUCCCCUGACCAGACUGACCCCUGUGUUGAGUAGUGGGGGGAGAGGAAACGGCCUACAUCUUAGUAAGGGUGGACCUAGACUAGUACCAGGCAGGGCUGAGGUUGGAACAACUAGCUGCAUCUUGCCACCUAUCACACUGAGGAAGUCCUUACUACCUAGUUCAGCCUCCUGCACCACCAAGCCUAAGGCCCUCAGCUACAGGCUCACACGACCCUCCCUCAUCAAGCAGCCUCGCCCUGUCCUGGCCGCCACCUCCCAGAAGGUCCAUGGCAACACAGAGGAAAGCGAGGGGAGGAGGAACUCGGUGGAGAUGCCCCCUGUCACUCCAGACCCGACCAGCAUCACUGACAGCCCAGGGAGCACCCCAGAGGGCCUGCUAGAGGAGCCUGUGGCCCUGAGUGUGGUCCAUCCCCUGGGGGAAGGCCUGGAGGACAUGUCACUCUCCUCCACCUCCUCCCUGGAGUGCAACGACACCAGCGAAGAGUACAUGGACGAUUUUGACAACCUGGGAAAUGGAGGAGACGGCAUUCUGCUGCUCCCUGCCCAGAAUAGAGGGCUCGACCAAUCACAGCCUGACUUGGAUGAUGAUGACAAUGCAGACGUCAACCGACGUCAUGGUGGAACAUCCAUGACUGGCCUUCACAGCUUCCUGUCUAACAGUGUGGACUGGGCCAGGAUGGGACUCACUGGGGGUAGAGGAGAUUUAGGGGGGUUGUCUCUGCGUGCUAGCCAGGCCCUGUCCGGGGGUGCAGACUACCCCCUUGGCUCAUCUCUGGACCUGUCCCCCUCAGACUCAGGCUCGGGGGGGACCUACAUGUGGGACGAGGAGGGUCUGGAGCCCCUUGGGACCAUCACACACCCCUGUGGGAGCUACGACUCAGACCUCAACAGCAUGGACAUACUCAACAACCUGGACAACCUAGAGUCUGGGUGUGACCUGGACGACGAUGAUCUCAUGCUGGACGAUGACCUCCCUGAGGAUGGCUCCUUGCACAGCGAUACUGAUGGGAUGUCCCAUCUGGCCCACUGGAGGAGACAGCUCUGUUGGACUGCAGAGGACCACCUCCACAAUGACAACCGUAGUGGCGUUGGGUUCCAGCCGUAUGAUGGGUACCAGGGCACAGGCUUGGCAGGUCUUCACCAGGUGGUGGAGCUGGACGAGCUGACAUUGAAACACAUGGCGGAGGACUGCUACUCUGUCAAGACCCAGCUAGAACACCUAAAGCUCCUGCUGCAGGUGGAGGGUGGUAGUGAGAUGGACGACACUCUGACUCUGGAUACAUUGAGUCCAGAAUCCAGAGAGGACCCCAUUCAAGCUCGACAGGUGGAGGAGCUGUUGAAGGAGGUGCAGGAGCUGAGAGACGAGCUGAGGAGGAAAGACAGGACCAUUGCUCAGCUCACCAAGCAUGUGGCUGUUCCUGUCGAGGCCACGAGAUGCCACUGCCAGGAGCACAGGGACGUGGAAAGAGUGACGGUGACCUACCAUGACAAGGCCACACAGACUCCACCGUGGAGGGGACAUGCUCCUCAAAUACUACAGCCUUCCAGGCCAUGGCCCAACAGCGUGCAGCAACCCCAGCCCCAGGAAAGAUUAACAAGCUCAGCCCACACCGAGGCCCCCAGUGAGCCCUCCUCCUCCAACCCUGGCUGUGGGGACUCGGCCAAAAGGAUCCCUGCCCCUCGCCUCCCGCAGUCCCCCGGCUCUCUGAAAAUAGCCUCCAUCCCUAAGAGGCCACAGGAAGGCCCCACCACCACAACCACCACCCAGACGUCCAUGGCAGGUUUCCCCAGGAUGGUGAGAGGAAUCCAGUGUAGGAGCGGUCUCAGGCCGGGCUUCACAGCUCCACAGUCCAGGCUGAGGCAGCUCCCACCUCCCUUCAGAGGCCUGCCCUGCUACAGCACCGCGCCCCAGGCCUCUGCCUCCUUCCUGGGCCCUGCCCUGCCUGCCUUUCCCCAGACCAAAGCACCCAGACGGACUCCAGGCCUCAGAGAACCAGAGAUUGGCGGGCUCAAGGCCAGAGGUCUAGUCCCUCCCAGCCUCUUACGACUCCCCAAGCCAAAGAGCCACUGACUGCUAUCUCUCAAACAUUGCCCUGUAGCAAGACCACUCAGCACCACCCUCUACCACUCAAACCCAAAAGAUCUGACUUCUUCUAAAGGCUUCCUGGCCUCCCCUCAGCAAGGUUACCGUGUCUACCCUGUAAGAAAGGAAGACUUGUAGGUUAUAUCCAUUAAUAUAUGACCACACAGACUAUUUUAUCUAGCUUGCAGCGCUUCCAAUAAGACUCACUCAAGGCCGAAAUAAAGUUUGCCCAUGUUUCCGUGUACAUUUGGUAUAUGUCUUAGACGAAGGCAUCAAGCAUAAAACUAAAAUAGUUUUUUCCCCUCAAAACAUGCUUCGGCACAAUCUGUCAAAUCAAAUCAAAUCGUGUCACAUGCGUCGAAUACAACAGGUAUACGAAUACAACCUUACCGUGAAAUGCUUACUUACAAGCCCUGUGCGGAGUGCAGACUAGAUCAGUGAAAUAGAGAGAUUGUUUGUGUGAGAUGAUGUUUCAAAGUGGGAACUUGCAGGAUGCUUGACAUUUUAUAGUCCCUCCAGAACUUUUACUCUCUGGCCAAAACAUAUCCCAAAUUAUGGUUCUGCUAUGCGUAGGUACACCAUCACUGCUUACAUUGUGCAUAUAUAUUGUGUGAUGACUGUGCAAGGACAACUGCAUCUGGUCUUAAUAUAGCAUUUAGAGGGUCCUAAUACUUACUCCAUUGACUUACAGAACCACUACAUAAUACCUGUAUGUGGUUGUUGGGCUUAGGAUAACUAUUUACCUGAUAUGAUCUCUGAACAGUGUCGUAGAAGGAUGAAGACAAUAUUAUAACAUAGAAAAACAGUGAAACUGUUACAGGAACAGAGAAUCCCUUUUGACUUUUAGAAAUGCAGGUAUUUUGGUUAUAUAGACUAGAGAAUAUAGUUACAUCAAAUAUUGUCCCUAUGGUUAGACUGGGGGGAUUCUAACAGCUGUGUGAUGUUCUAAAGUUUCCCUUGCCACUUUUCAGUAUUACUUCUCUCUGGUUUCAAAACACCUUUAUUCUUUCUGCCUUGUUUUUUUUGGUGCAUUCUCAAAAGUAGCUGUAGCUACCACUGUCCCUUUCUGUCUACCGACAGUCAGUCUGUCUGUCUGUCUGUCUUUCUGUUGCAGUUGGUUUGAGACACAGGGAAAACAAAGAGAUCCAUCCAGAGGAGCCAUCUUGUGCAGUUGGUGCUCUCACAGAGCUGUCUUUGUUCCCCCGUGAUUCCAUUAUGAGAAGGUCUAGUUUGGUCUGUAGGAAGAUGCCUCCCACACGCUACCGUAAUGAGGCUGCAGAAAAGAAGAGCUCAGCUUCUCAGCCCAACUCCACAGUAGAUGUGCUUCAGGACAGAGCCCUUAAUAGAAGGGGACAGAAAGAAAGAAAGAAAGAAAGAAAGAAAGAAAGAAAGAAAGAAUAUCCUAGCAUGAAACAAAAUUGCUGGUAUAGUGUGCAGGCUUGUGGUGACCAUGUGGUUCCGUAAUGGUGUCAAGUCGGUUCCAGUUGGCAUGGUUACGCGGCCGAGUGGCACGGUAGAGUGGUGUGUUGAUGUCAAGUGGUUGAUGCACAUGCUCAGUGUGUCCCUGUCGACAGCAGUAUAACAUCCACCCUCCAUGUCUUCUACCUGAACCCCUAUGUUAUUGUUCACACCUUCUUCUCUCACUCCUUCCCCAAAGGGUCCCAUUGAGUGUGUAACGGUGGACCAGAGUGGCAAGGAGGGUAGAGAGGGACACGACUCUCAUUCCUCUUCUUCCAAGCCAUAAUGUCUAACUACUUCCUGGUCCGUCGCUAUGUUUAGAGCUUUAAGUAGGAGCCUAAUGGCCACCAUUUAUACCCUUGACGAUCAGGUCCUUAUUUCCCUUAUGAUGUCAUAACUGACCUUUUGAUCCCAAGUCUUCUGAUUGGUUGGCGUACAUUGUAGAAUGCUCUGAGGGGAACAGCAUCACCCAGUCAACAGUCUCAAAGAUAAGAUUGAGAAUGCCUAUUUCUGGAACUUCCUUUGGCCAUUCUUCUUCCCCCACUAAAGCUUUUCUAUGCAACACAGUUGUGCCCUACUCAUGGAAGAUAAGUCUCAUUGGUACAGAGUCAUGGACAAUGUGCUGCUGGCCUCCAUGGACCCCUCUCAUUAUGAUCAUAUGUUAAGCCAGGUGUAAGGUGUACUUGAUAUCCCAAGCGCUUGUCUUGCUGCCACAAACGUCCUGAAGUAUUUGUCUUCCCAUUUCUAAAUUAUUGAAAGCCAUGCCCCAUAAAGGUAAUGUACCCUUGUGUUAUAUUUGUCAAGUGUUCCGAAGUACAUUCUGCAGCAGUCCUAGCCUGGUUCCAGAUCUGUUUGGGCUUUUUCUGACUCCAUUGCUGUCGUUGUCAAGCCAAACAUGUUUGGCAUGAUGAGUGUGAAGGAGUUGGCAUGCUGCACAAACAGACUGGCAACAGCAACCCCACAAAGUAUGUAUAUGACCACUUCAACAGUCUCAGGACAUUGAGCAAUGUCACUGCAAAUCAACUGUCCUAUUUGGAAUGCAAGGCUGCUUCCCAUCCCAUCCCAUCCAGAUAAGAACAAAAUACUUGUUAUACAUUUAAUCUCGUCAAAUGAACAAACAAACUAUUUGAGUACCUGUAGGGAUGAGGAAGAGAUGAAUUUAAUAAAUUCAGGUUUGACAGUGAGAGUCCUUGAUUUAAAGGAUUUAGAAUGUUCAGGAGAGGGAAUAUUGUUAGAUUAACGAGAUCUUAACAGAAGCUCAAAGUAUUUACCUCUGAGAAGUUCACACCCAAAACCCCAAAAUAGUGACCUAAAGUUAUUGAAAAGGGUUGGGAUUUAUUAAUAAUGCAUUAUUAUCUUCCGGUUGUCUAGCUUUGACUUACCAUAAUAUGGUAUGUAGAUUGAACAAAUAACUUGCCCUCGAAUUGACAGGAUAGCAUAUGGACAUGUAGCAACAUGUCUGCUUUUGUGACUUCCAUUCCCGUGGUCCUGAACAUUUGGUGUGAUCUCCAUCUCUUUGAUUGGACCAGUUAGAUAGAAGUUGGGUAUGUAGAUGGGUGAGCGUGCCUCCUGGAGUUUGUCCCACUUCAGUCUUCACAGAGGAAUGGAAGAGUAGAGUAGGCCCAACUGUGUUGCUGAAAGGAGAGCGUGAGUCUGCCUUGUGUUCAUAGGUGUAUCCUACCCCUUUCUGUAUCACUCUACAGGGUUCAACACGGAUGCGUUAUGCCCGCCCAGGCUAGCAGAUGUUAGCAUGCCAGUCACACUAAGGAUUUACUGUCACAGACUCACUCUCAACACAUUCUGACUGGGAAGGGCAAACCUGUUUUCUCUUUCUCGCUACAGAAACAUCCUCUGUAACACAGGACAGGUUAGUGGAGCUACUGUAUUCGAAAAGCAUGCCAAGCUUUGCUUCCAGUGUUGUCAGCUCGGAUGCUUUGAUGCACGAUGCUCUCUGGUGUGCCUCCUCUUCUUGUAAGCAGUCUUAAGGAGAUUUGUCUCUGUUGAUCGUCUCUUUUCUGACUUCCCAAAUCUUUUUUAUUUAUGCAUUUUUACUUUAUUUAUGUAAAAAAAAAAAAAAAAAAAAAACGCUGAAACAGUAGUAUAAUUGAUGAAAUGAGAUUGUAAACAGCGGGAUGUGUUUUCUGCUCAUUACCAUCUGUUCAGUUAAUGUUCUUCUUUAUUUCAUCAGGGUGGUCUUAAACACACUGGUUGAUUCCCAAAUUAUAGUGCACUAGUUUUGACCAGAGCCUUAUGAGCUCUAUAUAGGGAAUAGGGUGCCAUUUGGGACGCAGGAACUGUCACACCAGGCAGGCAGUGGCCGUGUCCGAAAUCUGUUUUGCCUACUACUUACUAAAAUGACACUGUGUACUAAUCAUUCUACAUACUAUUUAGAACGUACUGUGUAGUAAAAAUGUAGUAAGCAACCAAUAUCAACAUACUAAGCUCACCCAUCCUGAGAAUGCGUCACGAAAUGCGCAGCUGGGUUUGUUAGCCUGUCCCCUUUUUCUGAUUAUCUGCUGUUGUCAAAAACAUGUGCCUCUCAAAAGACAAUUCUCGUCCUCAAUAGCAUGCAGCUAUUCAUACUAGAUUAAAAGCCAAAAUGAGCAUGACAUCCUGGCAUUGAAAGCAAACAACAUUUUUGAAAUGUCACAUACUAUAAAACGUUCUAUUUUCGCAUACCCAAUCAGCCUACUAUUUAGAACGCGAGAACAAAUAUUCGGACACGGCCAAUAUGUCUCAUCGCUACUUUUAGGGCCUCUACUGUAGAAGGACUGCUGGUGUCUGUCUGGUGGUUCAUGGCGAGCUUUAGGAUAGUAGAAAAAACGUUUGUCACUCAGAGAGAAUUAACCAGUUAUCUUAUCGGUGGGAAUGGUUCAGUUUGGAGUCCAUGAUCUUCCGCUUUGUUGUCGUCUAAUAUCACUGCUGUAAACUUACAACUCCAUAACAUGAGUAUAUUCAAUAUACAGUACUGUAUGACUUACUGUACUGUCCUAUUCACGUCCUUCACUUUACUAGCUGUCACAUUGACUGUACAUUAUACUGUAGAACGUAUUUUCCUCACCUAUGACAUGAAACUAAAAUGGAGAGUCUGCUCUGAGGAUCGGUUUCCUCGUGUGUGUUAGAUCUUCCUGCCAAUUCUGUUUUAAUUCCAUGUUUGCUACACUGCUAUUUAAUUUAUGCAAUAUGAUAAUGAUUGAAAACAUUGUACACGAUGCUAAUUAUUUAUAUGUAUAUGUUAUACAAUAUCUAUAGCUGUGUGUAAUUGUCACUGAAUUCUUGAGCUUGUCAAAAAAAAAGAAAAAUCUCAAUCUGAAAUGCACUUUAAAUGAUUGUGUUGAGAGACUUUCAACAUGAAGGAAUGAACUUGAAAAGUGUUGAACUACUUUGUUUGGAUCCGGCUCCUUUUUGCUGUGAUCUCGAAGGCUACGGAGUGGCUGAGCGCUCAAAUAAAGACUGCACCAAAUCUA